AUGAGCUUCCAGGACCCACCCACACUGCUGGAGCUGUUAAGACAGAGGCUGCUGAAGGAUGAGUCCUUGGCCAUCUCUGGUCUGCAGGAUCUGCCCAGAGAGCUCUUCCCAACACUGUUCAUGGAGGCCUUCACUGGCAGACAGUUUAAGAUACUAAAGGCAAUGGUAGCAUUCUGGCCUUUCCCCUGUCUUCCUGUGGGGGCCUUGAUGAAGAACCCCCACCUGGAGACCUUGCAGGCUGUGCUGGAUGGAUUAGAUAUGCUGUUCACUCAGAAGGGUCACCCUAGGAAGUGGAAACUUCAAGUGGUUGAUUUGCGGAAUGUGCACCACAACUUUUGGAACAUGUGGGCUGGAAAAAAAGAUGGUCGCUGCUCUCCACAGGUCCUGAAUAAGAAGCAGAUAGGGAAGGACCUUCCUAGAUAUGCACUGAGGAGGCAUUUGAAGGUGGUAGUUGACUUUUCCUACUGGUUCCAUCUGGAUGCAUACCAAACAUACAUACUGCAGUGGGCUGAGCAGAGAAAAAAUUCCCUACAGCUGUGUUGUAAAAAGAUGGAGAUUUGCACAUUACCUAUUUGCACUAUCAGGAAGAUCUUGAAAAUAUUACAGGCAGAGUACAUAGAGAAACUGGAACUGAAUUUAGGCUGGAGUGUGUCUACCUUGGCAUGUUUUUCACCACAUCUGGGCCAGAUGAGGAAUAUUCACACACUUUCUCUAGCAAGGAUCUACAAAAAUACCUUGAAGAUGGACCAUACUUUCACAGACUCAGAGGAGAAGUGUAUCAACAAAUUCAUACUCCAGUUCUCUAAACUCAACUGUCUCCAGCAUCUCCACAUGAGUGAUAUAUACUUUCUCGCUGACCACAUGAAACAGUUGUUGAGGUACCUGAAGGUCCCCUUGGAAACCCUGUCUAUCAGUCAUUGCCAGCUUACACAGUUAGACGUAAGUUCCCUGUCCCAGUGUCAGAGCCUCUCUCUUCUCAAACACCUGACCCUGAGAGGUGUGGAACUGUCAGAUUUGUGUCUUAUGAAUCUCAGAGUUCUUCUGGAAAGUGUUGCAAAUACGCUGCAGAUCCUGGAAUUGGACCACUGUAAGAUGGAGGAUUCCCAGCUCACUGUUCUGCUGCCUGCAAUCAGUCAAUGCUCCCAGCUAACCAAAGUCAAUUUCUAUGAAAAUGACAUCUCCAUGGCUGUCCUGAAGGACCUUCUGUACCACACAGCCAGUCUAAGCCAGUUGACCUUGGAGCUGUACCCUGCCCCUCUGGAGUGCUAUAAUGACAUGGGUGGCUUUCUCCCAGAGAGAUUUUCUCAACUGUGUCCUGAGCUCAUGGAUACACUCAGGUCAAUUAGGAAGCCUGUGGUGGUCUCCUUUGCUACAGAUAUCUGCCUUGAUUGUUUCGAGCGCUCUGUCUACAAUCUACAAACCAGACUUUGUCUUUGUUGGCAGUAA